GGAUGAUACUGAAUUGAGUGUUAAAAUAUCAGAGGAGAAGCUUUGGUCAACAGCUAAGACCAUCUGUGUCAGUAUGAAGAACACACUUAAGAAUUUCUUCACAGGGCUGAAACCACCCGGAUCCGAAAGGACAGAAAAUGAUUCUUCCAAAGAGACCCUUGGGGAAAUCCUGGUUGCUAUCCAGAGUGAAAGUUCAAACUUAGGGGGACGAAUGAAGGAUUCCAGGGAGCUCCUUCAGAUCAAAGAUAUGGUAGGAACUAUGCUGAAGGAGGUUGAGAAAAGUGAGAAUGACAGUGAACAAGUCUGCCAAGACAUCCCUAGAACCUGUUCAUCUUUGUCCACUUCUUUAAAUGGUCGUAGUUCCUUGUCCAGCUCUUCAAAGAGUCCUAGGUCAGAGUGUGAGUUAGAGAUCAACCUCCCUGGCACUCCCAUCCCUGACGAAGUGCCUUUUGAUCUGACCUGCCCCAUCGUCAGGAGCUCCUGCAUCGACACCAGGGUCUCUAAAAUACCAGAGAUUUCUUCAAGUGACCUAAAGACAAAGAUGAUGGCACACACAGAUGAACCCCUGUAUCGUAACAGUCCAAUGACUGACAGCAGUCGACCACCGAGUGCUAAAGCCUCUUUUCGAUCCUCCACUCCGUCUUUCACCAGCAAGGGAACCUCUUUGGUACCAAAGGGAGAUGGGAUUGACAUUGAAGAGAAGGAGGAGUGUAUCCCCAGCAGCUCUGGCCAUCUGAGGGAGCUCUUAAUCACCCCGGACAUCAGCAGUGCCACUGCAUUCCCACUGCAGUACUUGAUGGACUCCAGCAAAGAUGAUGGCAUCUGUUUUGUCACCAUACUGGUGAUAAGGUUGCUAUCGGAGAUCAGACCCUCAACCCUAGAUGGACCCUCCCAACAGGUAGCAGAUCUGACAGAAACAUCUCAGCAACUCAUCAGACAAGUCCUGUCUGAGUUCUGUGCUGCAUCUAGAUUCUCCAGGACACAGGCAUAUUCCCAGAACCUGAACAUCCAAAGGGUGUUCAGAGGUGUACAUAAAAACCUCAUGGAGGAGUUUGGCUCUUAUAACACCCUGCAAGCAGCUAUUUCCUCCCAGGACCCUGCAUUUGACAGAGUCCUGGUAAAGUCCUUGACCCAGCAGCUGGUACAGGGAUGCAAGGAGGCGUCAAGACCAGCUUCUGCUGCAACAAACCCAUCAGACCAGGCUGAGACAGAGAGGGGGGCUGAGCAGAAAGCAAGAAGGAGCUUCCUUUGCUUUUCAAUGACCAAACUCAGGAUCAACUUCAAGCGUUCCAAGAGAGGAAACAAAAAGGACUGCCAUUCAGUCCAGGAACAGACUGAGAUUCCCUCUACUGAUGGACAUUGCAUAGCUCCAGUUGGAGAGGUUUCUCCCUCCAUAUCUCAGCCUGUCAAAAAACGAUCCUUGAUUGUCAGGGUCUUUUCAGCAAUGAUGAAGCCAUUCAGGCGCUUCACCAAGAAGAACCUGUGACCUGUUACGCUGCAUGAAGAACUACUUUUGUAACAGCAAGACUUUUGACAAGAGGAAUUUCUGCAUGUCUACCCUUUCAGAGUCUAUUUGAUCAAAUAAAUGGCAAUGAUUUUACAAGAAUUUCAAGUGUUUUGGAAGAUUAGUAAAACUGAAGCAGCUUUUCUCAGAGAAAUGCACUAGUUCCCCCUUGGUUAUACAUUUAUUGUGCAGUUUUUGAGUUGGCAGGACUUGGGGCAGCAGGUAGCCUUGUGGUUAGAGCGUUGGGCCAGUAACUGAAAGGUUGCUAGGUCAGAUCCCUGAGCUAACCAUGUAAAAAUAUGACGUUCUGCUCCUGAACAAGGUAGUUAACCCACUGUUCCUAAGCUGUCAUUGUAAAUAAGAAUUUUUUCU